AACUGGCGGCCAUAUCUCUUCGGUCUCCCACUCGAGUCUAAGGUAGUUUUUUUCUAAUCUCCGUUAGUGGCCUUCCAGGCUCCGUCCGGCCAGCACCAGGUCCGGCCUGCGGGAAGCAGAGAGGUUGGCAUUUACAGGACUGCCGCUGGGGUCGUGCCCCUACUCCCGCUGGAGCCCAGCGCCGGCGGCCUCCCCCGGCCGCUGCUCGUCCCGAACUCCCGGAAUCAGGAGCUCUGGGCUGCGUCCAGCCGCCUGGAAAGUAAAAGCAUCCCUGCCAUUCGGAUCACGGGGACGAGCGCCUCCACCUCGUCUGUACGUUGGUCUGGAUUUCAGCGUGUUCGGUGAGCGCGGGGUGACAUUUGCUUCAACUCCGUUCCCAUCGCUUCCCUCCUGGGGCUGGAGAUAUUUGAUCGCCGCAGAGAACACCGUGGGAGACGACAUAAACUGCUAACUUCAGGUGUUCUUGCUCUGCUGCUGCCGAACUGAACAGGCAGAAUUUAGCAUGAGCAUCACAGCAUGGCAGCUUCAUUGCCUCCGACGUGUGGAUUCAGUCAGUCGAUGCCCUUUCUCAAAGUUUCAGAGACCCCGCAGCGCAUGGAGGGAGGAUUCCGUGGUCAGAGGCUGAGCCGCAAAGCCUGUUAGCCCGCCGGUAGUGCAGAAGUGAGAAAGGUUGGGAGCGGAGCCCCCAGAAGUUGGAUAUAUAAGUGCCUUUUUGGAUUUGACACAUCGUGUAUUUUUAUGGUUGAAGGCAUCGUGUCAUGUUUUUUUGUUUUUCGUUAUCAUGGGGGAAUUGACAGCUAAACUUUAAAAAAUUUUAGUUAACUCACAAAAUGGGAAGUUUAAUUUUUUUUGUUUUUUAAAUGAUCAGCAAGGACCACAGCAAUGUUUUGUAGCUCUAGAGGAGAUAAGACUACUUCACCUUCUUACCAGACCGCUCUGACUUCUCAGUACUCGGGCUUUCUUCAUGAAGGGAACAUGAAAGAAGAAAGAACGGCUGCUGAGUUACAGAAAAAUAUGACACAGGACCCGGUGGUCUUUGAGGACGUGGCUGUGGACUUUACGCAGGAGGAGUGGGCUUUGCUGAAUCUUGCUCAGAGGAACCUCUACAGAGAUGUGAUGCUGGAAAACUUCCAGAACCUGGCCUCGCUAGGGUAUCCACUACACAUACCGUACCUGAUCUCCCAGUGGAAACAAGAGGAGGACCUGGGAACAGUGGAAAGAGGAACUAUCCAGGGGGAGCACCAGGAAGGUUUUGAGACUCAACUUAAAACUAGAGAAUCAAUUACUCCACAAGAUACUUAUGGACAAAAAGUAUCCAAUGAGCAGAAAAUAGUAAGGUUCAAAAGGAAUGAUUCUUGGUCAUCCAUUUUACACAAAAAUGGGACAUACCAUGGUGUUUAUGAUCAGAACAAAAACCAUGAGAGACAUCUGAGGAAUCCUGUGGUGGAGAACGUCCGUGAACAUAGUGAAGAAAAUCGGUGUGGACAAACCUUUGGCCAAACUUCACAUCUUAGUGUGCCGAAGAGAACUGCGGAAGUAAAGGCCUAUGAAUGCCGCGAGUGUAAAACGGCCUUCACGGAUCACUUAUCCCUUAAGGAUCACGUCGGGUCUCACGCUGGAAGCAAACCCUAUCAGUGUAAAGCAUGUGGGAAAGCUUUUCAUUUUCUUGCUUGUUUCAAGAAGCAUGUGAAAACUCCCACUGACGGGAAGCCCUAUGAAUGUGAGGAGUGUACGAAAGCCUUCGCUUGUUCCUCCUUCUUUAGGGCACAUAUGAAGAUUCAUACUGGAAAGGCAAACCAUGAAUGUAAAGAAUGCGGAAAAACCUUCAGCUGUUCUUCAUCCCUCACAGAACACAGGAGGAUUCACAGUGGCGAUAAGCCUUAUGAAUGUAGGGAAUGUGGGAAGGCCUUCAGUUGUUCCUCCUCCCUCUCCAAGCACAAGAGGAUUCACAGUGGAGAUAAGCCAUAUGAAUGUAAGGAAUGUGGGAAGGCCUUCAGUUCUUCCUCCCACCUUAUAAUACAUAUCAGAAUUCAUACCGGAGAGAAGCCUUACGAAUGUAAAGAGUGUGGGAAGGCCUUCAGUGAGUCCUCAAAACUCACCGUCCACGUCAGAACACACACGGGAGAGAAACCUUAUAAAUGCAAGGACUGUGGGAAAGCCUACAAUUGUCCUUCCUCCUUAAGUAUCCACAUGAGAAAACACACUGGAGAGAAACCCUAUGAGUGUCUGGAAUGUGGCAAAGCCUUCUAUCUCCCCACUUCCCUGAGCACCCAUGUGAAAAAUCAAAGUAGAGAGAAACCCUAUGAAUGUAAGGAAUGCGGGAAAGCCUUUAGUUGUCCGUCAUCCUUCAGAGCACAUGUGAGAGAUCACACUGGCAAGAUACAAUAUGAAUGUAAGGAGUGUGGGAAGGCCUUUAGCCGGUCCUCGUCCCUCACAGAACACUUGAGAACUCACAGUGGAGAGAAGCCUUAUGAAUGUAAGGAGUGUGGGAAGGCCUUUAUCAGCUCCUCCCACCUUACAGUGCAUGUAAGAACUCACACUGGAGAGAAACCUUAUGAAUGUAAGAAAUGUGGGAAAGCCUUCAUUUAUCCCUCAGCCCUCAGGAUCCACAUGAGAACACACACUGGGGAGAAACCCUACGAAUGUAAGGAAUGUGGGAAAGCCUUCCGCCAUUCCUCAUACCUUACUGUCCACGCAAGAAUGCACACCGGAGAGAAGCCCUUCGAAUGUCUGGAGUGUGGGAAAGCCUUCAGUUGUCCCUCAUCCUUUCGAAGACAUGUAAGAAGCCACACUGGAGAGAAACCCUAUGAAUGUAAGGAAUGUGGGAAAGCCUUUGUGUGUCCUGCCUACUUUCGAAGACAUGUGAAAACUCACACCAGAGAAAAUACAUAAGUGUAAGAAAUAUGGGCAUGUCUGCAAGGCGUUUUCAAGUCCUCGAUCUAACAUUAUGGAGAUACCCUAUGAAUGUAAGAAAGCAGGAAGUUGCUGCUUAUCUGUUUGAAGACUAGAAAACUCACAGCUGAGAGAAACCUGUGUAUGUAAACCUCGUGGUAAUGCCUUCGAUGAACAUCACUUACGGUGUAAAAGAAAACUACUAGAAGCACAGAUCAGUGCCUCACCUUCAAAGUGGACUGCCAGCUCAUUGAUUUUCUUUUCUGUUUUCUGAUGUGAAUAUUUUAGGUGAUGUAUUUCCCUCUAAUACUUUUUCAGCUCUAAUCAUGUUUAAUUGUGAGGUACUUUUAUUUUGGCUGAGAUGUAAAUGUUCUUCAUGACAAAAUCUUUUGGACUCACAAGGAGACUUGAGGUGUUUUUCAUAAGGCGGGAGUGGUCUUUUUUAAAAAAAUUAGUUUCUAAUUAA